GCCGGGCCGGCGGGCGGCGGACUAUGAGGCGCCCACCAUGGUGCGAUGCGACCGCGGGCUGCAGAUGCUGCUGACCACGGCGGGAGCCUUCGCCGCCUUCUCGCUCAUGGCCAUCGCCAUCGGCACAGACUACUGGCUCUACUCCAGCGCGCACAUCUGCAACGGCACCAACCUGACCAUGGACGACGGGCCCCCGCCCCGCCGCGCCCGCGGCGACCUCACCCACUCCGGGCUGUGGCGGGUGUGCUGCAUCGAAGGCAUCUAUAAAGGGCACUGCUUCCGGAUCAAUCACUUCCCAGAGGACAAUGAUUACGACCACGACAGCUCGGAGUAUCUCCUCCGCAUCGUGCGCGCCUCCAGCGUCUUCCCCAUCCUCAGCACCAUCCUGCUUCUGCUCGGCGGGCUCUGCAUUGGCGCCGGGCGGUUCUACAGCCGCAAGAACAACAUCGUCCUCAGCGCUGGCAUCCUCUUUGUGGCUGCAGGCCUCAGUAACAUCAUCGGCAUCAUCGUCUACAUUUCCAGCAACACGGGGGACCCCAGCGACAAGCGCGACGAAGAAAAAAACCACUACAACUACGGCUGGUCUUUUUACUUCGGAGCCCUGUCUUUCAUUGUGGCCGAGACCGUGGGUGUCCUGGCCGUAAACAUUUACAUUGAGAAAAACAAAGAGUUGAGAUUUAAGACCAAACGGGAGUUCCUUAAGGGUCCCUCCUCGUCGCCCUACGCCAGGAUGCCAAGCUACCGGUACCGGCGACGGCGCUCGCGGUCCAGCUCCAGGUCCACCGAGGCCUCCCCGUCCCGGGACACGUCUCCGGUGGGGCUGAAGAUCACGGGAGCCAUCCCCAUGGGCGAGCUGUCCAUGUACACGCUGUCCAGGGAGCCUCUCAAGGUGACCACGGCCGCCAGCUACAGCCCCGACCAGGACGCUGGCUUCCUGCAGGUGCACGACUUCUUUCAGCAGGACCUGAAGGAAGGCAUGCACAUCAGCAUGCUGAACCGGCGGACCACCCCCGUGUGAGCCGCCCCCUCUCUGCUCCGGCCUCUCCCCAGAUGGGCUGGCUGCUUGGGUCCCACAGCGGGGGCAGCUGACCCUUAAGAUGAACUAAAGCCACACCCCACCCUCCCGGGUCUCCAGAAAGUGUGGAGGGCUGGCUCAGAGCGAAGCCCCCGGAGAUGGGAGCUGGAAGCAAGAAGGCUGACUUUAUCCCCCCACAAGGGUGUUCGGAUGCCCCACCCCCACCCCGCCGGGUUCUGAAAUCUCCCAGGAGGCCCCAGAGCUCUCCUGAGGCUGCACAGCCUUGACCAAUCCCGGGAAAACAAAUUCGAGCCAUUAACCCCUUUUGGAAACAAAUCUUGCCCGAAGAACAGGCUUUUGGGGCCUUUCCGCCCUGCCUGGGCGCUGGGCCACCGGGACAGCCUCGCAGGGCCCAUGGGGCCAUUGGACGCUGGUCUGCUGCUUGUGAGCCGGAGGGUCCCGUGUCUGCGAGCUGGAGAUGAAGAAGCUGAAGCUCGCCCCCUUUCCCUCCUCUCUCUCUGGAGGCGGCCUGUUGUUGACAUGACGGGGAUCCUGAGGAGAGAGCCCUGCGGCCAACUGGUGCUUUGGCCUCUGUGCUGUCCUGGGCCGGCUUCCCUCAACCGGAGAACACGGAGGCCUGGGGAAGAACCCGCAGCAGGGGAGGCCUUUGCCGGCCUGGGCGGGAGGCAAAGGCCAGAGCCUGUCACUGGCUUUCCUCUCUGCUUCUGGAAGUUUCUGCCUCACACAGCAAAGGGCAGAACACACUGAUGGUACUUGAGAGUCGGAAAGAUCCCACGGGGUGGGAGGAAUGGGAGCCAGGCAGCCUUUUGCUGUGUGCAAACCCCCCCCCCCCACUUCUCCCGCCCACUGCCCUGAGGAGCAGCUCUUCACUCCUGGGGAGGGGGUGCAGACCCUCCCCCGCCCAAGGUGUUUGGCAACAGGAGGCUGAACUUCUGGGCAAGAGAAGGAGACCCCAGGGUAAGCCGCGACCAAAAAAUCAGAACAAACAUCCAUUUCCCACGUGGUUUCUGAUCCUGAUUUAUUGCAAGUAAAUGCCAGGAGAGCAAGCUGCAUUCAUUCCCUCUUAAAAAGGGGCAGCGGCACCUGCCCCAGCUCCUCGUAUGGUAACUUAUUCUGCCACCACCUGAAAGGGCCAAGCUGACACCUCGGUCCUCGGGAAGCAAGGCGGCAGGUUCCAUGUUUGAGGUUCUUUCAACCCUUCCACCCCCUCCGGAAGCAGGCAGAGAACGUGGAAGCGUGUCUGGGUUUCUGCAGCGCCGAGUGGACCCUCUUUUAUAUAACACACGUGCUUUCUAAAGACCAAUCCUUUCUUACUUUUUGAGACUUGGUCACCUCGGGCAGUUGUCUGUGAUCCCCGUAGCUGUCGGACGUAGAAGAGACAAGCAAAUUCUUACCUCAGCCACCUGCUCACGGACCCACCCCGGGCGGCCUCGGCCUCCAGGAGUUCCGAUUGGGGUCAUGGUCACUGCCAUCCUCCUCUGCCCGCCCCGCUCCCCAGAGGGUAUCUCCUCCUGUCCCGCCUCCACCUGACUGCGUGCCGGGGCCCCUCUGCGCUUGCUCGAAACCCUUCCCCCCUGCCCCCGUUGAGGUUGGCUUUGUGUGGUUUGUCCAAGCAUGUACCACAGUGAAUGCUGGAGUGUCAGGGCUCGUGGCCUGCCCCUGCUGUGGGCCACCCCGUCCCGCCCCAACCCCGUCCACCCUCACCCUCUCCGUACCAUGACACCAUCUCACCAGGCUAGAAGGAUGGGGGCAAAAUCUGGGGACCCAUCUCCCCAGCGAGGCCCCGAGACGCUUCCUCCAUCACUUCCAAAAGCAGGUAGCCGUGUCCUUUCUCCCACGGGAGCCGCAUCCCACCUGCUGCCCCGGAAAUCUCUUAUCAUUUCGCGGAGAAAGCUGUGUUCCGAUGAAUCCUACCUCUUGCCCAGUCCCAGGCAGAGAACGCGGGGCCCACUCUAGGGACCAAGAAAGUAGAAAGAAAUGACAAGGAGGGACAGAAGAGCAGGGAGCAGCACCACCUCAGAGCCUCUGGUCUUCACAGCCUUUCUCCCCAGCGCCCCCUCUCCUGGGCUCUGCCCACCCCCCGCCCCCCAACCUUCUUGGCCGCAGGCAUCUCGGAGGGGCCCGCCCGGGGAGGGAGUGGAGCUGGCUCCCCGACCCCACGCAUCGCUCUGAGCCCCUGUGCCACGGGGGUGCGGGGUGGCCCGUGCCUGCCUCCUCCCCCCGCCCCCACCCUCUCCAUCCAGCCCCUGUGUGUUUCGCCAGUUUAAGCACCCGUGAAUCCUGUACCUACUACUGGUUUGGGGUUGUUAGUUCUGUCUUUUUUUAAUUAAAUAAAAACAUUUUUAAAAUG